AUGGCCAGUGAGAGGAGACUAGCACAGGUGGGUACGACGAUCCCCGUCAGGAACGUGCAGGAUCUCGCGGCUUGCGACGCCGGCGACCUAACGGCUGAGGCACUGGAGCGGUACAUCAGACCGGACAUCGACAAGGAUGCAGUCCUUUACGAGCACUCCGGUGAGCUUCCGGUGGUUGACCUUGGAAGACUCCUCAACCCACAGUCCUGGGAAGAGGAGGCAGCCAAGCUCAGAUCUGCUUGCGAGGAGUGGGGUUUCUUUCAGGUUUUGAGUCAUGGAGUUCCAGAAGAGGUUAUGGCAAACAUAAAGCGCGAUAUUCAGGAGUUCUUUCAGCUUCCGCUACAUGUGAAGAAUUGUUACGCACAAACCCCAGGAGACCUUCAAGGAUAUGGUCAAGCAUAUGUUGUUUCCAAUGAUCAGAAGCUUGACUGGUCAGACAUGCUAGCCAUCAUUACUCAGCCUCCUGCAGCUCGUGACAUGAAACAUUGGCCUACUCAACCUCUUACUUUCAGGAAAUCCCUUGAAGAUUACUCUUUUGAAUUGAAGAAAGUUGCUCAUUCCAUUGCAACAGCCAUAGGAAGAAUUCUAAAUAUCGAUCCUGAACUGAUGAGUGACAAAUAUGCCGUGCAAGUUCUAAGGAUGAAUUACUACCCUCCGUGCACGUCGAUGCCCGAAAAGGUUUUGGGAUUCUCGCCACAUUCAGAUGGAUCUUUUUUUACCAUCCUUUCACAAGUUAAUUCAGUCCAAGGCCUCCAAAUAAGAAGGCACGAUGCAUGGAUCCCGGUGAAACCACACCCUGAAGCAUUACUGGUGAAUGUUGGCGAUCUCCUUGAGAUUAUGACGAACGGAAAGUUCAAGAGUAUUGAGCAUAGGGUCAUCAUUAAUGCUUGUAAUGAACGAUUAUCGGUAUCUGCAUUCCACAAUCCAAAGUUCGAUGGGGUGGUUUCACCGGUUAUGGGCUCUACAACAGAAAAAGUGUUGUACAAGACAGUGAAAGUGGAGGAUUAUUUUGCGCAUUACAUGUCAAACAAACUUGAUGGAAAGCGAGCCUUGGAUUAUGUGAAGCUUUUCUAG